UAUGAUCCCAGCUACAGCUCCAGGAAGAAGAUCUGGUGUAAGAAAAUAUCAGAGGAUUCUUGUCAACCCUUAGUGCCAAGUAACAGCACAGGUGCUGGGAAGCUAACAUUCUCCAUCCAGCACUCUCCUCAGUUCAACGUCUUCACUGUCACCAUGACUAAGCUCAAGAUGAGUGACUCAGGCAUCUAUCACUGUGGGAUCAUUGAAUAUUACGAGAUAAUUGUUCUCAGAACUAUCCGCCUGGUGGUGUCAAGAGGUCAUUCAAGGACUCCUACCACUGGCACGUUUCCUACUUGGAGAGCUCACACUUUUAAUACCACAGAGGACCCGAUCUCCAUUCCUGCCAGAGGCCGGAGUGUUAAAGGCUUAGUCACUGGAGUGGCAUUCAGUCACUGGCUGGAAAGUAGCAGAAAUUCAGAAGGCCCUGUGUACUCAAGGGGCUCCAUAUCCAGUGUUAUUGUUCCUGUGGUCUGUGGACUCCUCAGCAAGACCCUGGUAUUCACUGUCUUAUUCAUUGUCACACAGAAGUCAUUUAGAAGACAGACCAUGAAGGCACACAACAGUGACCUCUGACCUUCAGCCAUGUCUAACUCACAGGAGAAGCUGAAGUGGGGGCUAAGCAGGAACAGUGACAUGAAUUGAGGCUGUAAUCAUGAGUGACAUCUAAGGUUCAGGAUGUCCUCAGCUAGUCCUGUCCACUCUGUGGAGAGCUUUUGGGGCCACUUCUAGAAACUUGGCAGGAAUUUGGCAGGACAAAAAAGUAAGCUCAGGCAGGAAUCUGACUUUGAGCUAGGACUCUGGAAAUAGGCUCAGAUUAAGAAUAUUUACAUUUGCGCUAAUGCAAAGCUGAGAGCAGGCUCAGCUGUAGAAGGUGAGGCAUUCCUUUUGUCUUGGUCAUCCUGACUAGCCCCUAGAACAGGUGUUUAUGGAUUUUGCUUAUUGCCUUGCUUGUAUUUAUUCCCUUAUCUGUUCCUUGACCCAGAACUGAUCUUAUUAUUUGUAUGUACUUAAAGUAUUAUAAAUGCAGACUGGGAAAAAAUAAACCUACUUCAGCCUCAGAACUGGCUGGGGUUAUGCUA